AUGCAAGCCCCAACCGAAAAUGAAUUUAUGUAUGUAAAUAGAAAGGGAUAUCACAGUAUUAAUGUACAAGUCGUGUGUAAUCACGAAAUGAAGUUCAUCAAUGCUGUAAUCAGAUGGCCAGGAGCGACGCACAAUUCACGGAUUUUUCCGAACUCCGAAUUAUGCGCAACAUUCGAAAGAGGAGAAGUCGACGGGCAUUUGAUCGGAGACAAGGGAUAUGCAUUGAGAUCAUUUUUACUAACGCCAUACUUCAAUCCUAACACACCAGAACAACGUCGUUACAACAGGAUACAUGCAGUAACUAGAAGCAUAAUCGAAAGAACGAUCGGGUUUUGGAAGAGAAGAUUCAGGUGCAUGCAAGAGGAAAAUCCAACGUCUCCACAGAGAAUUUGUUCAGUAAAUGCUGCCACAAUGGUGCUGCACAACAUAUCCAGGGACCUGAAACUGCCAGAUAUAGAUGAGGAGAUAAACGAACAGCAAUAUCAGGUUGAGGAAGUGUACAAUGGACCCGUGGCAGCUGAUGGUAGAAUCGUUCGAAAUAUGAUUGCACAGGCUUUGAGAUGAUGAAUAUUGUACUAAAAGAAUUACACCAAUUUUAUAAACUGUUAUACCCAGUAUUUUAUUUUAAUGUUUUGACGAAUAUUAUUAAUUACAGCAUCAUAUUAUAUUAAAUUAAAUUGAAGGAUAUAAUAUCUGUUAAAUAUAGUUACUGAAUAAUAUGUUUAAAUUAAAAUAAUUAACAUUAGGCCUAAGUUCGUUCGUCGUACAUUAAAAAAUUAUCAUAUGUGCAUAAGAAAUGUUUACGAAUUAAUAAAUAUGAAUAAUAUUUAACUUUUUAAAAAUUGAUUAGUAUUUCGAAAAUUGCAGUGUGGAUUCAUUGCUCAUUAAUCACGUGUACUUGUGACAUUAAAAUUGCAAUCUCCAAUUGCAGCUUUUGCUGUUGCAAUCUCAACAUUUCUACUUCUUCCUUUAAUUUCAGCUCUUGUUUUUCGCAUUUGCUUAUUUUAGCUUUCGCCAAUUUAAUUCCCCACUCCAUG